AUGCUGGAAAAUGAAACAAAUUUUACGAAGUUUAAGACCAGGGAGAGACCUAAACCUAAGAAUUGGGACACUGAUAAUCAACCCCCAAUUAAGAAGACAAAGAAAUUAAAUACAAACGUAUUUUUGGACAGGAGUAUUUGUGGUGAUAGUAUGCAAGGUCCCACACGUCUAAACCAUUCAACAGAUAAUACUUGUAGAGCUGAUAGUAAUGCCUUCCUUCGCUCUCAAAGUGUGUGUCCCCAACACAUCUCAAGUGAAUUUAAUAGCAUUCUUGACCAAAUACCUGGCUUUUCGCAAGGCACAAGAGGUGCUACUAGUAACUUCGAUUCAGUAAACCAAGGGGGUGAUUCAAAUUUUCCAAAAACAGUUAAGUCUAUAACCGGGGCUUCUAAGCAUGUAGAUGACAAUGAAGCAGACAGUCGCCCUUACUCUUCCUUUUCUCCAAAUGACGAGGACAGCAAUGAUAAUAAUGAUGAAUACAACCCUUGCUGUUUUAUGGUUGCUGGAGAUGGGGGAUAUAGGCAAGGGGAGGCAGAGGGGGUAGGAGUUAGAGAACCUUUGAGUGAGACCUUGGCUAGGGAAGAAUCUUAUUGGAGACAGAAGUCUAGGGAUCUUUGGCUUUCUGAAGGCGAUCGAAAUACUAAAUUCUUUCAUUCCUCUUCUAAUCUCAAGAGACUUCAUAGUCGAAUCUCUUGUAUUCACGACUCUAAUGGUAAUACUCUAAUAGAUGAGGAUGAUAUAGCCCCUGAAGCUGUAAGGUUCUUUAAGUCUCUUCUUUCAGUGGAGCUGGUGGUGGUUGAUGAUGAGUUUGUAAAUUCGAUCCCCCCUUUAGUUUCCCCUGAGGAUAAUAGGUUGCUUAUGGCCCCCUUUUCGUUGGCUGAAUUGAAAGAGAUAGUCUUUUCCAUGCAUCCGAAAAAGGCUCCGGGUCCGGAUGGAUUUACGGCCUUAUUCUUUCAGAGAUGUUGGGAUUUUAUUGGAAACGAUUUGUUGUUAACCUUGGAGGAGUCUAGAAGGAAUAGAUCGAUCUUAAGAGAAAUUAAUACUACUCUUAUAGCUAUUAUUCCAAAAGUAGAUAAUCCUACCUCUUUUUCGGACUUUCAUCCAAUUGCCUUGUGUAACACCUUAUACAAAAUCUUUACUAAGGCAAUUUCGAUUAGGCUGUCUAAACUCCUUCCUCGGAUAAUUUAUUUGGAGCAGGGUGGUUUUGUGCCUGGAUGGGAAACUCCUGAAGGUGCUAUUGUAGCGCAUGAAAUCCUGCACUCCAUAUCCCAGAAAAAGGUCCCAGCAAUGAUUCUUAAACUAGACAUGCUUAAAGCCUAUGAUCGUGUUAAUUGGCAGUCCCUGGUGGCGGUCUUGUAUCGUUUUGGGUUUUCGCAUAGUUGGGUCAAGUGGGUCUUUUCAUGUAUCAGAGUGGAUGGCCUCCCUUCUUCACAAUCUCAUUGUUUAUUUGCUGAUGAUACACUUCUGUUUGGGAUGGCUUCUAUGAGGGAAGCUCGAGUUAUUAAGAAAAUUAUUUAUGAUUACGCUGCCUUUUCUGGUCAAAAGGUUAAUAAUCAGAAGUCCAAAGUCUUUUUUGUGAAUGUCCCCACAUUAGUUCGGGACAAUCUUGCCUGCUUUUGGAGCUUUCAUGUUGGGACCUUUCGCUGUAUGUACUUGGGCAUCCCUUUCUUUUUGGGUUUGGAUAAGACCUCCUUUUGGGAUAAAGUAGUUCAUUCUAUUACCUCCAGAAUUACCUCCUGGAAUCAUAAGUGGCUAACAAUGGCUGGUAAGAUCCUUCUAAUCAAAUCAGUGUUGAGUGUCAUUCCUACAUACUUGAUGUCUAUCCUGCAAGCGUCUUCUCAAGUCAUUAAGAAGAUUAAGGUUUCCCUCAAGACGUUCCUUUGGAGUGACAACUUAGGAGGACAAACAAAGAUCCCUCUUCUUGCUUGGGAUAAAAUAUGUCGUCCCAAGGAGGUGGGGGGUGCGGGUAUCCGCGACCUAGUUAUUCAGAAUAAAGCAUUAGGGGCAAAAUUGAUUUGGAAGUUAUAUGCAAACCCCCAGAGUAAAUGGGCUUCCGUCAUGCUCGCCAAGUAUUUAAGGGGAGCACCCAGCGAAAGGAUUUUUACUGCAACAUCCCUUCCGAAGGGCUCUCCGUUUUGGAACUUUUUGAUUUCUUGUAGGGAGGUGAUCUUACCACAUUUAUCUUGGGUGGUCCAUAAUGGGAAAAAGGCUCGUUUUUGGGAUGAAUUUUGGAAUGGGCAUCCUGCUCUCUCAACUAUUCGUGACUGGUCCCCUUUACCGGAUAUUUUGUCGGAUCUUUGGGGACCUUUUGUUGCAGAUUAUUUCAACAUUGUCACCUCAGGUCCAUGUUUAGUGGCUAAAUGGAAGGAUAUCCCUCCCCUGUCUAUUAAUAAUGAUAUUAUUUUAGCUUUUAUAGAAGAACUUCAUAAAAGACCUUUACUUUCCCAUAUGAAGGAGGACUCUUUGGUUUGGGUUAAAAAUGCUACAGGUUCCUAUUUAGUUAAAGAGGGGUACAAUUCUUUGGUUCAGGCCCCCUUGCCAUCUUGUUGGCCUACUAAGCUUUUCUGGCAUCCUGCUUGUCUUCCAAAGGCAGGGGCUUUUGCUUGGUUGGCAGUCCAAGAUAAAGUCCUUACUGGAAUGCAGUUGGAUAGACUUGGGAUUACAACAGUUUUUCCUUGUGUUUUCUGUGGUUAUUGUAUGGGAUCGAUGGAUCAUCUUUUCUUUCUAUGUCCUUUUGCCUUUGAGUGUUGGUAUUGGUUGUUUGAUAUGUUAGGAUGGUCUUCUGCUCUCUGUCCAAAUCUACUUUCACAAUUUAUGUCAUGGCCCUUGUUGUUUCCCUCUUCGUUCUAUUCAUCUCUUUGGGUUGUCGCUCCAUCUCUGCUGAUUUGGAAUCUUUGGCUUGAAAGGAAUUCAAGAAUCUUCAAACAUAAAUCCUCAUCUUUGACAGUCAUAAUUGGUAAAAUUCAAGCUUCCAUUAGUGAAGUGGUGCUUGCUUUCAUUCAUAGAAAUUUAGAUCAUCUCAGGUCCUUUUCUCAUUGGGAUAAUUGGGUCACUUGGCGAUGGUCUUUACUUCAUUUGAUGCCUUCUCAUGGGGUUAUAAUAGAUGGAGUAUCUUCGACUCUUAAGCGCAAGAUGGCUAAAUGGAGUCCUCCUCCUUUUCCUUCAUUCAAACUUCAGUUUGAUGGGGCCUCUAAGGGUAAUCCGGGGAGGUCUGGGGUUGGGGCCUUAUCCUUUGGACUUGAUCUUGCUCGUUCUUUAAACAUUAAGGACAUUGUUAUUGAAGGUGAUUCAAUGUUGAUGGCUCCUUUCUCUGCUUAUUAUAUGGAUGGGCAUAUGUUUGCUAACUAUUCUUGUGUUGUCAGGACUACUUUUACUUGGUUCCCUUCUGGCUGUGGGUUUGUUCUCUGUAGGGCCUUGGAGUCAUGCGAUGCAUAG